AAGCCAUGGCUCUCGGCCGCAGUGUCGAUUUCGCUGCCUGAAUGACUCCAGCUGCUUCCCUUACUGUCUCUGGUAUAUAAAGUCGAUGGUUGUGCCGGCAUUACUUGUGUGACUGUGUGGUUGGUAUUCCCUCAUUCGGCGGUAUACAUACGCUAGCUUCCUGCAACUCAACUCCCAACGUUGAGUGUCACGACAAGGCAGCUUCAACCACAUCCACCACCAAAAACCAACUCCAAAACGGCCCAAUCUCACCAAUUACCCCCUAAAACAAUGGUAGACCAACCCCCGACAUCCUACACCGUCUCGCCCUCGCUGCAGGCGCACGCCUCAACGUCGCCUGGCGCCUUCCUUGCGGCCAACACGGACAUCGACAACCUCAUCGCCGGCGCGCUCGUCACCAACACGCAGGGCCGCAUCCUGCUGCUGCGCCGCGCGCCGACGGACUCGUGGCCGCUCAAGUGGGAAGUGCCCGGCGGCUGCGUCGACGACACCGACGCCAGCUUCGUCGCUGCCGCUGUGCGCGAGCUGUGGGAGGAGUCGGGCCUGCGGGCUACUCAUGUCAAGGCCGCCGUGCGGUUGCUCUCCGAGGCCGAGGCCGGUGCGCCGGAGCCGGGGCCGGAGCCGGCCGGCGAUGGUGAAGUCGACAUACACAUGAAGGGCGACGUGUGCCUCUUCCGCGAAACCGGCAACGUCUGGGCCAAGCUCACGGCGUGGGUCGACGUCGAGACGUGCGAGGCCGUCGUGGUGCGCGCCGACGAGCACGCCGAGUGGGCGUGGAUCACGCAGGAGGAGGCGCGGCUGCGCAAGUUUGCCGACGGCCGCGAGUUGGACUUUGUGAGCGAGGGCGUGCGGCGGACCGUGUUGGAAGGGUUCCGGCUGUGGGAAGAGGCUCAGUGAUGGCUCCCGAGCCUGAGUGUUGGUUGGGAUGCUUCAAAGUCCGCGUGUCAGUCGGGAUGCUUCAGAGCCCACGUGUUAGUCAGGAUGUUUCACAAGACAAGACGAUAGACGACGGAAAAGAUAAAAGUAUA